GAGGAGACCUCCGGCAGCGCAGAGCGGCAUGCCGCCGGCCCGCCCUAUAGCGGAAGUUGACGCGGCGCGGCCGGAAGCGGUGGCGCGAAGGGGACGAGUGGAGCUGCCAUGAAGCCGGCGGUGGACGAGAUGUUCCCUGAGGGAGCCGGUCCGUACGUGGAUCUCGAUGAGGCAGGGGGAAGCACGGGGCUGCUGAUGGACCUGGCUGCCAACGAGAAAGCGGUGCACGCCGACUUCUUCAACGAUUUCGAAGAUCUCUUUGAUGAUGAUGACAUCCAGUGAACUUAGUUGUCCAGCUAUGCAGUGCUGAGAUGUGGAUUUUUCUCUAGGAUCACCUGUGGUGUCCAUUAUUUAUUAAAAUAAUCAAAACAGGAAAAUCACAAAGGGGGAGAAAACCUGUAUAAGCUGCUUGGGGAAUAUGAAAACCGGAUGGUUAAACACAACUAAGGAGGGAAUUGUGAACUGUUAUUUGUUAGGAAGUUGUGUCUGGAUUUUUCUUAAAAUGUUACUUGCUGAUGUGCUCAUUCAAUAAAGUAUUUUAAAAAACCCCACAACACAGUCUGGGAUAUAUUUAGAAGUAAAUAUUGCUGUGUUCUGAGUUUCCUUAGAGAAUGCUUUUUUUUGUCGUUGUUAAAUCGUUCAGUGUUACUUUUGGAUAUUUUAUAAAGAUACUCGUCAGGGCAUAUUCCUGCCUAGAAAAGUCUUGUUUAUCCAAGGGUUAUCCGAGGCUGAUAGCUGCUUGUUCUGAAUGGUCUGACUCUAGUUUGCCAGUCACAGUAAGAAGAGUGUGCGUUGUCUUCUGUGUCAAGAUAGAUACUCAGCUACCAUCAGUACUUUUAAUCCAGGAAGCACGGGAAGAAAAAGUAGUUUUAUCUUGAUAUUUUAAGCAGAGAAAUGUUCUGGCCCUGGGAAUUGUUUGGUUUAAAAAUCUAAUUUAAUUCUUGAGACUGUACUCUAUAGAAAGAAAAGAAUUUUGGGAUUUGUUUCUCCUGCAGCAGGUAAUGUAAUCAUUCAUACCUUUAUGUAGAGUGUUUAUGAAUCAGUCAGACUUUGACACAAGUUUUUAGAACACUUUUAGAAAUGUUUGAUUUUUGCACCGUGCAGUGACCCAAGUGACUCUCAGAAUGAAAGGAACAAGUGAGGUUUUAUUAUGUUUCAGAGUCGAGAGUUUCAUCCUCUCUGAUCUUAAAUACAGUCUGUAUUCCGUAAAUUGAUCACAAUACUGUGACUGAUCUUUCUUCAAAGACUUAACCCAAUUUAAAUUUAAUCUGGAAUGAAAACCUUUCCUCUCAAACUUCUUUCACGUGUUGGUUUAUUUUUCUUGGGUUUGCCUUAAAAAAGAAAAUUUUAAAUGUAACAGUAAAUAUGCUUAAAAAUGUAAACACAAUAAAAUCAGUAAAACUUG